AUGUCAUUAUGGGACUUCAUCGUUGUUGGCGGUGGCCUCGCCGGUUCCGUCAUAUCAAACCGCCUCCUCCACAAGGAUCCGACCUUGAAGAUUCUACUGGUUGAAGCCGGACCCAAUGUCAACGGUCUUGAGUCAAUCGCGUACCCAAACACCAGUACCGGUGCCGGGAGCGACAUUGACUGGGCUUAUACGUCAAUUCCGCAAGCCAACGUGGACAACAGAUCGAUCGCGGCGCCCGCUGGCAAGGCCCUUGGGGGCGGGACGGCCAUCAAUGGAGCUGCCUGGGUCCGCGGGCACACCGUUGACUACGACCUCUGGGCCGAAGAAGGCCAACUUCCCUACAUGAAGCUGACGGAGAAGUUCUUCGACGCCAGCAUCAGCCCUUCCCAGCACGGUGAGAACGGUUCCAUGAUCAUCCAGGGCUCUCUUGAGGCUCUCGGUAUCACAGCCCUGCCCCAACUUGACGCGAACGCCGGAAACCCCAUCGGCUACGGAGACCUCCAGGAGAACCGCAAUCAAGGACGCAGACAGCUCGCCUCGGAGGCUUUCCCUCUGGACGGUGUUACCGUCAUCACCAACACUAUGGUCGAGGAUAUCCUCGUGUCCAAGAGUCCCAACAGCACCACAGUCACUGCUAAGGGUAUCCGCUUGCAAAACGGAACAGAGUACCACAGCCGUAGAACGAUCCUCUCCGCCGGCGCCUACCGAACUCCCCAACUUCUCAUGCUCUCUGGCAUCGGUCCCGCCGAUGUCCUAACGGAGCAUGGCAUCGAGGUGAAGCUCGACCAGCCCGAGGUCGGCCAGAACAUGCACGACCAUAUCCUCAUGCCUACGGCGUGGAAGGUCAAGAACCCCUCCGAGGGCUGGGCCUUCGAGUCGGACAACCCGCUAUUCAAAGAACCCCAAUAUGGCCUCGGCAACAAGAUCGACUUCCUAGCCACCGUCACCCUGCCCAAGGAUGGCCUCGCGGCAGCCAUCGCCGAAGACGAAGGCGUAGCACCGGGCCCGGAGCACCCGCUCCUCCGCCAGGACCGCGCACACGUUUCACACACGUUGCAGUACAACGGCGCCUCAACGGACGGCUCGGCCGUUCUGAUGCUUUCCAUCGUCCUGAUCGACACUUCGCGGGGCUCGGUGGGCAUCUCGUCGGCCAACGUCAGCGAUCCGCCCGUCAUCGACCCAAAUUACCUCAGCACGGCAGUGGACAGAUACGCCGUGCAGGAGGCUCUCAAGUUCGAUACUAGGCUUCUGGGAAGCGAUAUGACGCCCGUAGGCCGCGAGAUUCUUGACGGUGAGCUCACGGCUGACACGCCUCUGACGGUUGAUUCCCCAGAUGAGGCUUUUGCUGCGCGCGCCCGUCAGGUUGCAGGAUCAUGCUUUCAUCCUAGCGGAACGGCCGCCAUGGGUAAGGUUGUCAACACCGAUCUCAGCGUCAAGGGCGUUGACGGUCUUUUCGUCGCUGACUCUUCCGUCUUUCCGGUCUCCAUCUCAGCGAACUUACAGGUGGCCAUGUACGCCAUGGCGCUCCAGGCUGUGGACAUUAUUGGGGAGCAGGGAGGCAAGUGUCGUCAGGUUAGGAACACUUUGCGAUGA